UGCGAGCCGCAGCACAGAGGAGGAGACUUCUGUGUCCGAUGUUCUUCCACAGCGCUGACUGGGACUUUUUCUCCUCUAGAUUAAAGUGAAAAAGUCACUGAGGGGAGGGGAAAAAAAGAACUUGACAAUCAUGAUCCACACCGCGGAAUGCGCCGUGGACGCGCAAAGCCUGAUCUCCAUUUCCCUGAUGAAGAUCCACAACUCCAGGACGCAGCGUGGAGGCAUCAAGCUGCAUAAAAACCUGCUGGUGUCUUACGUGCUGAGGAACGCGCGGCAGCUUUACAUCAAGGAGAAGUACGCCGAGAUCUACCGGAUGCAGCAGUACGAGGAGGUGAUGGCGGUCUGCAACGAGAUCCAGGAGCUGGACCCGCUGGACGUGGACGAGGAAGAGGAGGAGGAGGAGGAGGACGAGCAGACGCGGGCGGCUUGCUGCGGCGAUGAGGCGGCGGCGCACGGCCGUGUGGUGGGCGCCCUCCCCGGGAAAGAGCCGGAGUCCUGCUACCGGAGCUGCUGCGUGGAUGUCUCCGGUGAGCAGACCCCCGCCGACAACUGCAACAAAACCACCGUGUUGGACCUGGACACGCAUGUGGUGACGACGGUGGAGAGCGGCUACCUCCACCAGGACUGCCGCUGCCGCGACGCGCCGCAGGCCGGCCAGGGCGCGCAGCCGCCGGUCAAGAAGCGGAAGGUGGACUCGGGCGCUUGUUGCCCCUGCGACGCCGAGGGGGCGUGCGACUUUUCCGCCUCGCGCAAGCGGCCGAAGCGCGACGAGUACGCGUACUGCCAGCCGGACUACACGGACACCUCCAACAUCUCCAACCUCAUCUCCAUCUUCGGCUCGGGGUUUUCGGGACUGCUGAGCAGGCAGGCGGACUUGGAGCAGAUCUGCAGCAAGCAAGCCCUGGCCAGCCUGGGCGCUUGGACUCGCGCCAUUGUGGCGUUUUGAACCAAAACCCCGGCAAAUAACACGCUUCACGCCUGUGGAAACCUGGAAAUUUUUCUUCAUUGGGUCCUACUUGAGGGCCAAUGGGUUCUACGUAAUCCCUAGUGGGUCCUACAUGGUCAUCCAUGGGUCCUACAUCAUGAGUCCUAUAUGCUCAUCCAUGAGUCUUACAUGGUCAUCCUUGGGUCCUACAUGGUCAUCCAUGGGUCCUACAUCACGAGUCCUACAUGCUCGUCCAUGGGUCCUACUUGGUCAUCCAUGGGUCUUACAUCAUGAGUCCUACAUGCUCCUCCAUGGAUCCUACAUGGUCAUCCAUGGGUCCUACAUCAUGGGUCCUACAUGGUCAUCCAUGGGUCCUACAUCAUGGGUCCUACACGGUCAUCCAUGGGUCUAACAUCAUGAGUCCUACAUGGUCAUCCAUGGGUCCUACAUGCUCAACCAUGGGUCCUACAUGGUCAUCCAUGGGUCCUACAUCAUGGGUCCUACAUGCUCCUCCAUGGGUCCUACAUCAUGAGUCCUACAUGCUCCUCCAUGGGUCUUACAUUGUCAUCCAUGGGUCCUACAUCAUGGGUCCUACAUGGUCAUCCAUGGGUCUUACAUCAUGAGUCCUACAUUGUCAUCCAUGGGUCCUACAUGGUCAUCCGUGGGUCUUACAUCAUGAGUCCUACAUGGCCAUCCAUGGGUCCUACAUGGUCAUCCGUGGGUCUUACAUCAUGAGUCCUACAUGCUCCUCCAUUGGUCCUACAUGGUCAUCCAUGGGUCUUACAACAUGAGUCCUACAUUCCCCUCCAUGGAUUCUGCAUGGUACAUCACGGGUCCUACAUGGUCAUCCAUGGGUCCUACAUCAUGAGUCCUUCAUACUCAUCCAAGGGUCCUACAUGAUAAGUCCUAGAUGGUCCCUGAAAAGUUUUUUUUUUUUUUUGAUAGGGUGCGUCUCCAGAUGUUCCAUAGCUGGAGACAUUUGAUAAGAUGAGUGAACCUUCUCCGGCAGCACAUAAUGGAAAGUCCUUCCAAGUCAUAAAAUGUUCCCCAGUAGGAUAGCGAGCUUCACGUGAACGCCCCUGGGACCUAAUAGUGUGUUGUCUGUGCUCAAAUGCAAGAUGCACUUCAUUCUAUAUCCAUGACGUACUGUAAGUACUGUAUGUGUAGGACAUAUUCUUUGCAUGUCUCCAGCAAAGCUGCUUACAAAGAGGUCAUUUCUUCAGAUCCCCACAAUGGAAACACAUGUAAUAUGUUGGUUUUCACCAUGUUGUUACAACCGGGGUGUCCAAAGUGGGGUCAUUUGUUUUUAUUAGCCCUGGACAUAGUCUAAAACAAGGGCAUCAAACUCCAUUGUAGGCCACUUUAAAGUUACGGAAGCCUUCGCAGGGCCGCUUAAUGAUAUUACUACACAAUUAUUAUUGUUGUUUAACAACAAACUGAUGAUAAACUAGUUUAUUUUAAUUUCAAAAAGAGUUUCAAUGACAAAGAAAGUCUUCAAAGAGCUUCUUGCAUAUGCAAAUUGAAAAUACAUGUAUUGAUAAAGAGGAAAUGCCUUAGUGAAGCGCAUUAUUUACAGGCUGUUUAAGUGGCCUGAAGCUUUGAAUGUGACACCUGUGUCGUUUAAAAAAAAUGCAGAGAGGAAAAACAGCAAAACAUGGCAAUGUCCCCAAACUACAGCCCAUGGGCCGGAUCCCGCCCGCCAGCGUCCAAAAUGCGGCUAGCGGGGAGUACCAAGUUAAAAAAAAAAAAGGUUUUUUUUUACUUAUUUAUUUAUUUAUUUUUUAAUCUGUCCUUUUUAAUCCAUUUUCUACCGCUUGUUACUCUCGAUGUCUCUGAGCCGCUCAGGCAAAUCAUAUUGUCUAAAAAUGCCUUUUCCCAUCGAUAACAUGACAUCAUAUUCCCCCCGCCAAAUUGUUUUAACCCAUUGCGGCCCCCAAGUCCAAAAGUUUGGGGACCCCUGGUUUAGAAUUUUGGGGAAUUGUUAUUUUAAUUUUUUUGUAAGUUUUAGUUGUUUUGCUUUGUUUGGUUUUAACACUUUUAUGUUUUUUGUUUUUUUUUGUUAAUUAGUUUUUUUUAAUUUUUUUGUCCUUUUUAAUUGGUUUAUUAUAUGAAAAAAAUUGGAUUGAUAUUCUAUUGUUUAUUUCUUAGAAAAUAUAUAUAUAUAUAUUUUUGUUUGUUUAUGCCAACUGAAAACAUGUGACCUUUGCUUUCUCACUGUACAGCCAAACAAAAUGAUUAAAAGUUGAAAGUAAAUAUGCGGGGUCCACUUUAAGAACACAUUUAAUAUCCUUUCAGGAAAACGUGUUUUUUUUUGCGUGUGAGAAAGCAAAUAUUUUCUAUUUGUUUUUAUUCAAAAGACGAAGCAGGACACUAAAAAAACAAGUUGUGGCCCCGAACCGUACUUUGGACACCUUGCCCUGCGAGAUGAGCGCUUAAAGCAGUUAAAUACUUUAUUUUAUGGUAAAGAUUGGUGACAUAUAAACAGUAUUUUUGUCUACACGUGCAUGAAGCUGCCUUAAAAUCAGCCAACACAAGUUAGUACACAACCUGACUGUCUUCCUAAAUGUCCUUUUAAAUAGACAUCAUCAGCAAUUCAAUCAAACCCUUCAAUUAUUUUCCUUGGCAUUUUUACUCAUUAAGUUGCUUGUUUUCAGCACUCAUCGAUCAUAAAUGUUUGUGAGUUUGGAUUGUUUUGUUCCAGAAGAAUCUGAAGACCUUUUGUUUUAAAAAGGCAAAGUCAUCAUUUCGCAAUGCAUUAGCUUUAUGAGCACGGUGUGUACCAAAAUAAAGAGAGUGUUUUGCCAUUCUCCACA